AAGCUUCACUCUUGUAAUAAAACCCUAAAACCCUGAAGAAAAAAUACCAAAAUUCAACCACCAUGAAAAGAUUUCUUCUCACAAAUCUGCUUAACUCUUCAAAAUCCGAAAUUGUUUCUAACCCAUCUUCUACUCUACUUGUAGUCGCCUCUUCAACUCGCUACAGACUCAGAUUCUACUCGUCCGAGUCCGAUUCCGAUUCCGCAAGCAAACCAGACUUUAACCAGUUCAAAAACAUGCCGAAUGUUCCUGUGGAAGAUGUUGUCAGCGAGCAAGAGCUGAAGAAGAGGAUUGAUAAGCUGUAUGAAGGCGAUGAAAAUGAGAUUCCUGGAAUUUUUGAAGCGAUUUUGAAGAGGAAAUUAGCCGGGGUUUCUGAUGAUGAUCGUUUAAUUGAAUCGCUUGGACCGAGAGUUCAGGAUGAUGAUUAUGAUGAUGUUUUGCAUACUGGUUCUGAUUCUGAUGGGGGACUGCAUACUGGUUCCGAUUCUGAUUGUGAGCUGUAUACCGGUUCUGAAUCUGAUGACAAACUGCGUACUGGUUCUGGUUCUGAAUUUCCUUCGGAUUUUGAUGAAGAACUGCAUACCAAUUCUAAUUCGGAUCAUGGAAAAAGAAAAUAGGUUUAUGAGAAAUGCAGAGUGUUUUUUUUUAGUCUUGUUAAAUUUAGCAGUUGUUAAAAUUUUUGUAGUUAGAAAAUGAUGUGUUUUUAGAAAAUUUGUUGUAUACUUACUAACAUAUAAUGUCAUAUUGCAAAAAAAUUGAUUAAUUUUUAA